AUGUCAUUUGUGGCUGACAUGGUAACGGCGUUUACAAGCAGUUUAGACUGAAUACGACUUUGGUAAGGUUUUGGCAAAUUUGAAAGCAAAGAAAUCUGACUGCAAAUCCCACCAUUUCCAGUCACUCUUCCUGCAUCAUGGGUAGUAUUGCUGAGUUAUCGAGCCAGCUAUCAAACAGAAAGACUGUUAUGUUGUAUAUUGAAUCUGCGCUUCUUUUGGUGAUCAUUUUACUGACUAUCUCUGGUAACAUGCUUGUUUGUUGUGCCAUCUACAGAAAUCCUCGGCUUCGUACAAUUUCCAAUAUGUUCUUAGUAGCUUUAGCUAUCAGUGAUUCCCUCAUGGGAAUCUUGUGCAUGCCGCUUGUGUUAGGAACUUUGAUAGCAGGACGUUGGGUGUUUGGCGACACUUUGUGUCGUAUACAUGGUUUUACUGGAUUCACUUUGGCUCUGACCUCCAUUCACACUAUGGGUCUCAUUGCUAUUAACAGAUAUUUCUGCAUUGUCAAGACCUCCAAGUAUCAGAAUCUUUUUAAGGUUUCCCGUACUAAGAUUUAUAUUUUACUAGUAUGGAUCUUUGCGUUUGUUGGGUCAGUGCCUCCUUUUGCACUGGACGACGGAGGAUAUGCUUUUCAGCCAGGCAAAGCAAUGUGCCUAUACACUUUUGAAAACAAUGUCAUAUACACGAUAUUUAUUGAAGUAGGCUAUAUCGGCUGCCCGUUACUUCUAAUCGGUUUUUGUUAUUCGUCCGUCUUCAAGGAAGUCUACAGGACAAACAAAAUAUUUGCGCACAAUGAAAUGGAACCCGAACAGCUGCGUGUCAAUAUACAAGAAACUAAAAUCACUAAGACGUUAGCUAUUGUAGUCCUUGGUUUUAGCCUAUGUUGGCUUCCUGCUAGUAUCAUUGAUACGCUAGGUGCAUUUUACGGCGAGGCGCCCUUCAAGAGAGAGGUAUAUCUCACAUAUACAUACAUGGCGUACUUAUCGAGUUUGAUCAACCCCAUUAUAUACGGAAUAACAAGUAGGAGUUUUAGACGUGAAUAUAUAGCCAUUUUAAAGCGCUUUACUUGUAUAAGUCAAUCUUAGCCCGUGGUAUUGUUUUACAUAGCGUACCAAUAUACAAAAGACCCCUUGUGCUCCAAGAAAAGACCUACUUUAUGUCAUUAAUGUUGGUUCCUAUUUGAUAAAGUUAUCAUAAUUAAAUGAAAGUCAUGAUUUUAUGCUCA